AUGCCUACUGUGUAUUCCUCAUAUCAUGAUGGUAGUCAACUGAAUUUAUCUCACAUAAAUUCAAAGUUGAGUUAUAUGGAACAAGGUAUUAAUUUUCGAGAUUAUUACCAUAACGUUGAAUGGGACAUAAUGAAAGCACCAGGAAAACGUAAUAUGAAGAUAUAUUCUUGUUGUAAAGUACCCUAUUACGAUAUUACAUACCAAAUAGUUCUUCGACGAAAAACACUGUUUUAUACUGUUAAUUUGAUUAUACCAUGUGUUAGUAUAUCACUGUUAACAAUAUUCGUUUUUUAUUUACCAAGUGAAUCCCGAGAAAAAAUUAGUUUGUGUAUAUCGAUAUUUCUAGCUCUCACCGUCUUCGUUCUUCUAUUAGCCGAUUUAAUACCGUCAACAUCGCUCAUUGUACCACUGCUAGGAAAAUAUCUUUUGUUCACAAUGAUUCUAGUAACAUUAUCAAUCCUUUGUACAAUUAUUGUAUUAACCAUUCAUUAUAGAGAUCCGAAACUAAACGAAUUACCCUCUUAUGUUCGAUAUAUUUUCAUCGAUACUUUACCCAAAUAUCUUCUUUUGGAAAAACCUUUAACAAAAACGGAUUUAAUCACAAGAACAAGUCAAAAAAAGGUUAAACGAUCAACUGAACAACGAAAACACUCACCACUAUUUAUACGAAAGAAAAACAUUGCUUAUGACGAUGUGGAACUUAAUGAAUUUGAGCAAAGUGACGAAAUAUUUGUUAAUGGCUUUUUUAACCAACUUCAUACUUUACAAAAACUAUUGACGAAUGAUCUUAUCAACAACACUACUGAAAGAUUUACAACUCAAAUGCAACACGAUAGGGUUGCUCAAGAAUGGAAAUAUGUGGCACUCGUUGUUGACCGUAUAUUUCUAAUUCUAUUUACAUUUGUGUCUAUCGUGGGAACACUUUUCAUAUUUUUGAAGGCUCCAACAUUGUACGAUUCAAGGGUAUCAACCGUUGAUUUAACCAAUAUUGAUCAAGGCGUAAACAAUUCUUGUACAUAUGUUCAUUAA